CCAGACGUUGCGUAAAAUGACAAAUAUGCCACUCUAUCACCCGAUUCAGCAUCCUCCAUCCAUCGCCAUCUCCAACUCCGGCGACCAAACUCCAUCCCCGGCCACUCCCUUGAUGUACAUCUCUCUACCGCUCUCGCCCUCUCCCGCAGUCGUGUCUCACGCGUGGCAUCGACGCACCUUUCUCUCCGUCUCACACUCCUCUCCACUCUCGUCUACUCCUUUUACUUCUCUAUUCAAAUCCUGUCUCCGGCGACCAUCUAAAAUUUCCAUGUCUUCCGAUGGCAUCCGAUUAGCUUCUCCGGCUAAGCAGCUAGAUAUCUGGGAACUGAACGAUGAAUCCGAUUUUGAAACUCUUCUGUCACCCGAUGGCUACCUGUCCAUCUGCGGCUUCGGAUCCCUCCUUUCAGAGAGAAGUGCCAGAAGUACUUUCCCGGAUUUGGUGAACUUCAGAGUUGCGAGAUUGAAUGGGUUUCGACGGGUGUUUGCUCACGUAGCCCCGGUUUUCUUUGAGCGUGGCAUUGCCAAGCCAGAAACUAAGGAGAUUUCCAGCUUGAGUGUGGAGCCAUGUGUAGCAGAAACUCUUAUUGUAACAGUCUUUGAGAUCACAAAAUCAGAGAUUCCAGCUUAUAUGAGGAGGGAGCUCGAGUUUCGGUUUCUUGCUGUUCUUCCUGAAACGCUUGAUGGGACAUCUUUUGACUAUCCAGCGGUCCUUUGCGCUCGUUAUAGUGAUGAAGAGUUCUUCAACAUUAGAUGUAAAGGAAGCAAGGAAAUCUAUUUUCAGCAAUAUGGACGAUGGAAUAUUGAUCGGAUUUGGAGAGAUGAUGUCUUACCUUGUCGUGUUUAUCUUCGACACUGUGUGUUGGCAGCAAAAAAUCUUGGCGACGAGGCUUACAACAAUUUCAUGGAUCACACCUAUCUAGCCGACCGUAAAACAACAAUUCGCAAGUAUCUGGCAACAACGGGUUCUGGGAUCAUGGAAGAGGAGCCUCCAGUUUCCCUCAAGCAACGCUAUGGUGGUUGAUAAUCUAAUCCAAAUUGUAGUUGUCCAUUUGCUGCAAAAAUAUGGUCUUUCUGAUGUGUUGGGUGGUGGCAGAAAGAAAGAUGUGUUCGCCGUCAUGAUGUUUAUGGUUGAUGGAACAUUCUUGGCCUAAAUAUACUUGUGAUCUUUCUUGCAUGAAUUUUUCCCUAUGUUUCUUAAAUUUGAUUGAUUACAAUUAGGUUCUUCAAAAA